UUCUAAGUUGUGAGCAAAAGUGAAAACAAGGGAAUUUUGAGGUAGUUUUUGGGAAAAAUCAGAAGAAUGAUUAGAAUUAUUUUUCCAUUCCUGCUGCUAUCCUGCUUUGGUUUCUCGACUUGUGACGUCUAUUCAGAGAUCAAAGAAUUGCAAAAUGGACAAAAAGAAAUUAAAGAUAUGCUGAAAAAAGUCCUAUCAAAAUUACAAUCAAGCAACACGAUUGCGCCAACAUCUUCUCAAGAGGCUGACGAAGGAUCAUCUUUGUCCGGAACAAAGGAAUGGUCCAGCUCUGGUGGUUCUGUUGUAUCUGCCAGUAAAACUACUUUGAGAGACAGUAUUCGACUGCAGAUAGAAGUGUCGUUCUCUGAGCAUACGGAUACUUUCUGGGUAGUUGAUCAACGGCUCAUUGGAGCCAAUGAAAAGGACUUUGGUACAACAACAGAAACGUUCUACAACACUACUCUAUUCACUCUGAAUGCCAAAAAGCCUGUAUUCUUUGUGAUGUUCAUGAUUCCUGGCAAAGACGAAAUGGUCACAAACAUUAGAUUUGACACAGAAGGAGAAGAUGGUACAAUUGAAUUUUACAACCCAAUUACUUGUCAGUCAUCAUUCUCUAAAAUCUCCAAAUCUGAAUAUGAUUUCUUCUACCGCUGUAAUCCUGAACUUGAUCCUAGAAAUGGUUGGUAUAUGGAUGUUGGAUUGUUUUCCAGCGUUCAAAAUGAGAUGGUUGAAUAUAAUCACCUUGAACCGAAGGAAAAUAGGUACGCCAAUGUUACCUAUGAACGAAACUCAACAACAGAGGCAACAGUUGUACUUUCAGAUGAAACUUUGGAGAAAGUAGGAGAUUUCCUAUUUCUGCAGAGCUCUCUCAGUAUACCUAUAGGUAUUGUAAUCAGGACCAUAUUACACGAAAGUGUUUAUGAUAUAAGUAAAACAAAAACAACGAACAAUUUUAAAUUUUUGGAACCAACCCAACCUUCACCGUUUUUGGAAGGAGAUAUGAUAUCAUUAAAUUGCAAUGCACUUGGAAGACAUCCCCCACCCAUACAAGUGGAAAGAAUUGGUGCUGAGAUAAGUUCGUCACAGAUCGCUUAUCUUUUCAAAAAUACUACAAAGCUCUGGUCCUCUUCUUCCAUUACAUUCCUUCAUGCAUCAAAGGAAAUAGAGGGUAACUACUCUUGUGUAAUACAGAAGGAUGGCGAAAAAGUGAUUUCUCCUCAGUCUGUUGAAGUAAAAUUAAAACCAAGAUUGCGCUGGGAUAUGACCAAAAUACUGAAGAGCAAACAAAAUCAGACCCGUGUAUGUGUGGUUGUGGAGGGAGCAAUUGGUGUUACGUUGAACUGCAGCAAUAAAUCCUGGUCAGGGAAAGACAAUCCUCCUGCUCGCAAGGAAAGAAGAACAGAAAUAUCAGAGUGGAAUGAACGGUUAGAAGUUACGUACACAUGGAGGAAGAUGAACAUUAUUCAGAAUGAAUUCAACUAUUCCUCGGAUUCUCCGUCUCUUUCUUGUAUCGCAAAAGACAAACACGGCGACUUGGAUUUCGAACACACUUUCUGGCAGUAACGUUUAAAUACAUGCAUUUUAAAGUAUGAAAUAUUUUGUUUAUUAAUUGCGUCCUUUCAUCGAGAAUUUAGCAUGUUUAUAAUUACGAAUUGAGGGUUUCAAUUUUCCCAGAAUAAAACCCAAAAUACCUAAAAUGGAAUGGAAACGUCUUUAGUUAUAUUUCAUUAUGUACAUGCAGAAAGUUUCA